UUGUUUCUCCCAGUCCCCCGCACCACACCGGCAGCCGCAGACAGUAAAGGAUGGUCAAGAAGGCCACUCCGGCCGCCGCCGACGCCGAGGCCGACGAACGUCGCCGCCUUCGCUCGCUCGCCUUCUCCAAUGGCUUACUCCAGCGCGGCGAGCCGGCGGCGCCGCGGUCAGCGCUCCCGCCCUCGAGUGCCGUGGCGCGGCUGCAGGGGCGCGACAUCGUGCGACGCGGCGGCCAGCGGAAGAGUCGCUUCCUCUUCUCCUUCCCUGGCCUCCUCGCGCCCGCGGCCUCGGGUGGCCGGGUCGGCGAACUCGCUGAUCUCGGGAGCAAGAAUCCCGUGCUGUACCUCGAGUUCCCACAGGGUAGGAUGAAGCUGUUCGGGACGCAUGCGUACCCCAAGAACAAGUAUUUGACUCUGCAGAUGAGCAGGUCGGCCAAGGGCGUUGUUUGCGAGGACGUCUUCGAGAGCCUGAUUGUAUUUUCUGAAGCCUGGUGGAUUGGAACAAAAGAAGAAAAUCCAGAAGAACUGAAACUAGAUUUUCCGACUGAGUUUCAAAAUGAUGGUGCAGCGGCGGACUGUGAUUUUAAAGGUGGAGCAGGUUCUACCGGUGAUGAAGCGGUUACCACCAAUAACCCGGGAAAGGAAACCACAGAAUACCUUUCCCCAAAGAUUGAAUUUGACAUUGAUGCUUCUGAGGACUCAGACCAUAAGGACGAGAAUAACACACUAAGCACUAGUCAAGCAACUCCAAUUAGGCAGUCCGCUAGAACUGCUGGGAGAGCCUUGAAGUAUACUGAGUUAUCCUCUGGAGAUGAUUCAUCCGAUAGUGACAAUGAGAUUGAUGUUCCUGAGGACAUGGAUGAGAAGAUGAAUAGUCCAGCUAUUAAGAAUGAAUCUGAAAGUGAAGACAUUAAACCUGCAGAUUCUUCAGCACAGCCUAUCUCAGCUAAGAAGGAGCCACUCGUUCAGGCUACUUUGUCUAGCAUGUUUAAAAAGGCAGAAGAGAAAAAGAGGUGUACAAUAAGCCCAAAAGGAACUCCAGCAACAAAAGGUCCUGCUGCUAAGAAGCAGCGAGCAAACCCAAAGGAAAAACAGCCAGCAGAGAAGAAGGCUGCAAGCAGAAGUCAGAAAAAGAAAAAAUCACAGUCACAGAUAGAAGAUAAUGAAAUUGAAGUGCUGUCAAGUUCCUCCCAGGAUAACAAUGUGGAUGAUGAUAGCGAUGAGGAUUGGGCUGAGUAAUGCGCAGCUGGAGGGAAUGGGAUGUAGCAAUGCAUGAAGAAUGUGAAGCAUGCAUUAAUAUUAUUAUAGUUUGAUGUGUGUGAGGUACUGACCACUGAUGAGAUAGCGUAUGUUUUUGUUGUAAUGCUGAAAUUGAGAAGUGGGUGUUC